UUCACAGAUUGGCCGUGCACUUCCGUCACGUUCGCCAGAGUGGCGCAAUCAGGCUGCGCGUUGUUGCGGCGUCUGCGUGCGUGCUGACGGACUGACGGAGCCGGUGCGCCGGUAGCCUCAGUGGUGCUGUACUAUGGACCUGCGGAGCAGCGCUGAGACAGACCCGGAUUUCUCCGAUUACCACCCCGGCUCUGUCCCGACAGAGCUGCAGUCUAGGAAGCAGGAGCAGGAGAAGCUCUCGGGGGUGGUAAAGAGCGUGCACCGAAAACUCCGCAGGAAAUACAUUGAAGUGGGAGAUUUCGAGAAAAUAUGGCGUGAGCAUUGUGAAGACGAGCAGACUCUCAGCGAGUAUGCCAUGGCCAUGAAGAACCUGGCCGACAACCACUGGGCGAAUAAAUGUGAGGGCGAGGGACGCAUCGAGUGGUGCCGCAGUGUUUGUCAGGAGUACUUCCAGGAUGGAGGGAUGAGGCGAGUGUUGGAGAAGGAUGAGAAGAGCUCUAAGCUUGCAGCAGCUGGAAAUAACACAUCUGCAAACGCUCUACCACAAUCGUCCUCUCCAAGUAACAGCUCAACGUUCCAGCUUGGGAGGAUACGACUGUUGGAUGUGGGCAGCUGUUUCAAUCCUUUCCUGAAGUUUGAUGAGUUUCUGACUGUUGGUAUCGACAUUGUGCCAGCAGUAGAGAGUGUCUACAAAUGCGACUUUCUGAACCUGCAGCUGCAGCAGCCUCUGCAGCUGGCCAGCGACGCCUUGGAUGCCUUCCUACGGCAGCUGCGUGGCCCCAUCGACGCUUUACCUGCCCAGCUAUUUCACGUGGUGGUCUUCUCCCUGCUUCUCUCCUACUUCCCUUCACCCUAUCAGCGCUGGCUCUGCUGCAAGAAAGCACAUGAACUUCUGACCCUGAACGGCCUCCUCCUCAUCAUCACCCCUGACUCCUCCCACCAGGGCCGGCACGCGCUUAUGAUGCGCAGCUGGCGAGUCGCAGUGGAGUCUCUGGGCUUCAAGCGCUACAAGUAUGUCAAGUUCUCCCACAUGCACCUGAUUGCUUUCCGCAAGGUGUCGCCCACCACCAGCAGCGACCUGGUCAGCCGCAACUACCCGGAGAUGCUUUACAUCCCGCAGGACUUCAACACACUCGACGAGGAGGGGUUCACAGAUUGCUAUGAGCUGCCGCGCUCUGAUUUCGAGGACGACCAGUUGGCGUGUAGCUUCGCGGAAUUGCCGGACACGCCAUACGAUUCGGACUCGGGCGAGAGCCAGAGCAGCUCGGCGCCCUUCCACGAGAUGGAAGACCCCAUUUUGCUGCAGAGCUGAAUUUGUUUACUGCCCCUCUCGAUAUUUAGUACCCUACCGUCGUGCUGCCAAAAUUGCUCUGCUGCGUUUGUGUACUCGACCCCUUUUUAAGCAGCAAAAAGUUUGCACAGAGUGAAUGAGGACGUUUAAGUGGGUGUUGGUUUUUAAGAGCGUGCAAGACACAAAUAUAGACACUAAACUAAGAAAUAGAAGUGAUGUGGUUUUGUAACAGAAGCAGCUAUGUGAUAUCAGCUCACCCACUUUGGCUGUUUUCUCAUUCAGAAUGACUGUCAACUGGACAAACCUUUUCAGACUAGCAUAAGUUACAACUUAGGCGUAGUUAUCAUUGUGGCUGGAGUUACUAUAUUGUGUUAAUCUUCGAUCCGCCAAAAAUGAACAUACGGUCAUCGUUUACUCACCCUCAUGUUGUUCCAAACUCUCUGUCUUAAAGGAUUAGUCCACUUUUAAAUACAC